UUAGUCGUUGUAAAUCUAACUGCCUAACUAGUGAAAAAUUAACGCAGUUACGAUCAAGUGAAUAUUAGUUGUAUUAAAAUGUCUACUAUUUCAGUGUAUUGUUCUUUAGCGUUAUUGUUGUCAUUUUACUUUGAAUAUGUAAGUAGUGACAAGAGGUUUUAUGUUGACUAUGAAAAAAAUGAAUUCAUCAAAGAUGGCAAUAUAUUCCGGUAUGUUUCGGGAUCAGUGCAUUAUUUUCGAGUGCCUAGACCUUAUUGGAGAGAUCGUAUACGUAAAAUGAAAUCUGCCGGCCUUAAUACAAUAUCAUUUUAUGUAGAAUGGAGCUUACAUGAACCAUAUUCGGGUGUAUAUAAUUUCGAAGGACAAGCUGACAUUGAAUAUUUUUUGACAAUUUCAAAACAAGAAAACAUGAAUGUCCUUAUUAGACCAGGGCCGUUUAUCUCAGCUGAAAGGGACUUGGGUGGUCAUCCAUAUUGGCUGUUGAAAGAAAAACCUAGUAUACAUCUGAGAUCUAGUGACCCAAAUUACAAAAAGUACGUAAAAAGAUGGUUUUCAGUAUUGAUGCCAAAAAUAGUUCCAUUUUUAUAUGGAAAUGAUGGAAACAUUAUCAUGGUUCAGAUAGAAAAUGAAUACGGACAUAACGAUUUAGGAAACUGUGAUAUGGAGUAUAUGUUAUGGCUUAGGGAUUUAAUCUAUCAUUAUGUUGGAGAACAAGCCCAACUUUAUACGACCGACGAAUGCAAUUUAUCUUUUUUGAAGUGUGGACAGAUUCCAAAUGUAUUUUCUACUGUCGACUUCGCUGCAAUUGUUAAUGUAACUGAGUGUUUUUAUCAUUUGAGACAAGUUCAGAAGAAGGGGCCAUUAGUCAACUCUGAGUUCUACGACGGAUGGGUCGCGUUUUGGGAUAGCCCGCGGCCAGUUAGAUAUACCAAGGACAUAAUACGAGUGUUAAAAUAUUUUUUGGCAACUAACGUAUCUUUUAACUUUUUCAUGUUCCACGGAGGAACCAACUUUGGAUUUACUUCAGGUGCUAAUACUAAUGGGACAACUUUAGCUAAAUCUGGCUAUMGACCUCAAUUGACCUCGUACGAUUUUUCCGCUCCGCUAGACGAAGCUGGUGAUCCGACAGAAAAGUAUCAUGCUAUUAAACAGGCCCUUAAAAAAGCGAAUUUCCCAACAGCGUCAAGUCCGAAAAUCGCACCAAAGGGGAAUUAUGGAAUCGUAAAUAUGUUGCCUGUGAUCAGUUUAUUUGACAAUGUAGCCCAACGUCUCAAGCCAGUCUUAAAUAACAUACCAUUAUGCUUCGAAGAUAUGGAUAUUAAUCAUGGACUAGUAUUAUAUGAAACAAUUUUACCACCGAUGGGAGAAUUGACCAAAUUACCACUAGUUAUCAAAUCACUUGGCGAUCGAGCAAUUAUCUUUUUGAAUAAUGGCGUUGCAUUUAUCAAUGGCAUCAAUAUCGGUAGAUAUUGGCCAGCAGUAGGUCCACAAAUCACACUAUACGUGCCAGCUCCGUACCUAGUUCUUGGAAUCAAUACUAUAGUGAUGGUAGAACUAGAAGGAGCUUCUGAAGAUUUGACCGUCAAGUUGGUUGAUAAACAUCGUUUGGAUUGGUGAUUUAAAAUAAAACAAUGCCUCGUAAAUUAAAUUUAUGUUAUUCAUAA